AUUUUUGCCACUGUCCAGAUACCCCAGUCUACCAGGCAACCCCACCCAUCUAGGAUUCUGACGUUUUUUCUCAUUCUUUGAUUAAGCCUUAGCCUGUCUGCAGCAGCAGAAAAGAGCAAGAGUCCAACGGCAUCUUUAAAAAAUUCUGUGGCAGGAGAUGAGCUUUCCUGAGGCACGACUCUUGCUCUUUGCCACUGUCUCUGGGGUUUGUAACAGGGAUUUGCAAGCUGCGUGCCACUCUAGCCUUUCCCAUCUCUAUGGUGAGUCUCCCCUCCCAUUCUUCUUUGUCCCUAUUGCGACAUUUCCAGGCGCGGGGCCGUAAAGCAGGCGGAGGCGUGGCUGGCGGGAAAAGCGGCGGGCGGCUGAGGCGAGGCAGGGCGGCUGGGCGAUGGGGCUGCUGGAGGAGUGCCGCGAGACCUUUGCCGCCGGCGACCUGUACCAAGUGCUGGGUGUGCCUAGCAGCGCUUCGGCAGAGGAGAUUCGCCGCGGCUACCACAAGGCCUCCCUGCGGGUGCACCCGGACCGCGCGGACUUGGCGGACAAGGAGGAAGCCACCCGCCGCUUCCAGAUCUUGGGCAAGGUGUAUGCACUGCUGAGUGACCAAGAGCAGCGAACUCUGUAUGACCAGCAGGGCAUUGUAGACGAGGAGUCGACUGUGCUGAACCAGGACCGCAAUUGGGAAGAGUACUGGAAGCUGAUCUUCAAAGAAAUAACUUUAAAAGAUAUUGAAGACUUUAAGACACAGUACAAUGAUUCUACAGAAGAGAUGGAGGACAUUAAGACGGCAUAUAAGAACUGUAAGGGCAAUAUGGACCAAAUUAUGAAUAAAGUAUUGUGUGCAGAUUAUACAGAUGAACCAAGAAUAAGGACAAUUAUCCAACAAGCCAUUGAUUUGGGAGAACUUCCAGUCUUCAAAGCCUUUGCAAAAGAGUCUAAGCAAAAGAUGAAUGCAAGAAAAAGGAGGGCUGAAAAAGAGGCUAAAGAGGCAGAAAAAUCCAGAAAAGAACUAGGUCUUGAUAAAGACGAUGAUGUCAGAGCAUUAAUUCAGAAAAGAAAUGAGAAUCGGAAAAAGGAAAUGGAUGACUUUCUGGCUCAGAUGGAAGCAAAAUAUGGAAAUUCCUCCAAAAAAGGAGGCAAAAAAACAGCAGCCACGAAAAGGAGUAAAUGAGUUUUUUUCUAAAUAUAUUCUUCUUCAUGUCUUCCAUUUACAUUAAUCCUAAUCUGAGUCAGACAAAGGAAAAGCAUUUCUUCAUAACCUAUAUGGCUAUAGUGUGGAACACAUGUUCAAAAAGCUGAGAUGUAAAAUAAUGUGCAACUUUUCAGAAUGCUGCAGAAGAGUAAAAUAUUGGCAAGUUUACAUCUAUUUUUGAAUGGUGUUUGGUAGAGCUGUCCUAUUGGAGGGGUAAGUUUGGUAAGAGUGCUCAUCUGUGCAUAAGUGCAAAUAUUAUUAUUUCUAUUUUAUAAAAGCAUUUGUUAAACUUAAUAAACAGUGUUUUGAAAGUA